UUCUUUUUUUCUUUUUUCUUUUUUGUCUUUCUUCUUCUUGUGUACACCGUCAAAGGCCAAAAUUGAACUCUUCAAUCUGCAAAAUUCUAUGUAGCUUCGUUCCAAUGCAAUCUCCAAACUACCUCUUCAAUUAGCUCUUAGAAUUAAGGCCCCAAAAGCCUUGUCAAAUUGAACCAAAAAAUGGAGGUGGAGAGGUGGGUUGGGUUGGUGGAAUUGAUAAACAAGCCAGCUAUAAUGGAAACAUUUGUCGACAUUUUGGUAUGUAUUGUCCCGAUUUGGGUCGCGAUCAUGAUCGGGUUAAUGAUCGGCUGGUCCUGGCGACCUCGUUGGACCGGUCUCGUGUUUUUAGGAUUCCGGUCUAAACUCAAUCGCUUUGUUUGGACCGUUCCUCCCGGUUUUGGUGCUCGCCGUCUUUGGUUAGCCUUUACUGCUCUUUCAGCAUUCUCUGUUGGUAGGAAACUUUGGUUUAAUUUCCAGGGCAGGACACGUAAGCCUUCCGCGGUGGCCGCGGAUUCGGGUCAAGUGUCGGUGGAUGAAUUUGGAUCAUCUUCAGCGAUUUCGGGUCCGGGUCCCGGUGAAGGGAAUAAUGAUUCCGUCACCAGACAUAUUACUGGAACCUCGGAAAAUGAGGGCAUUGUGACAGAGAAAGAUCUGGAGCACUUUCUGCAUCUUCUAGAUGGUAAAGAUGGAGAGAUGGCAUGGCAAACCAUGAUGGACCGCUCUACAUCAAACUUCACAUAUCAAGCUUGGCGGCAUGAGCCUGAGAUGGGACCAACAAUCUACCGAACCAAAACUGUUUUCGAGGAUGCAACUCCUGAGUUAGUCAGAGAUUUCUUCUGGGAUGAUGAGUUCAGACUAAAAUGGGAUCCUAUGCUUGCUUAUUUCAAGAUAUUGCAGGAAUCCCCACAUACAGGAUCUAUGAUUAUCCACUGGAUUAAAAAGUUCCCGUUCUUCUGCAGUGAUCGUGAAUAUAUCAUUGGUAGAAGAAUAUGGGAAUCUGGGAAAACAUACUACUGUGUAACAAAGAGUGUACCAUAUCCAGCUUUGCAAAGACGUGACAAGCCUAGGCGUGUGGACCUGUACUUCUCAAGUUGGAUUGUUAAGCCGGUGGAAUCGAACAAGGGAGAUGGACAGUUAUCUGCAUGCGAGGUCACUCUUACUCACUAUGAAGAUAUGGGCAUCCCUAAAGAUGUUGCUAAAUUGGGAGUUCGGCAUGGAAUGUGGGGAACAGUCAAAAAAUUGCACAACGGCUUCAGAGCAUACCAGAAUGCAAGAAAAUCAGAGGCAGCAGUUUCUAGGUGUGCAAUGAUGGCACGAAUCACUACAAAAAUCUCGCUUGAUGAAGGUGUUGAUGCUUUUGAGCGAGUUUCUGCUGAAGGUAGAGCUGGGGAAAUCCAAGGCCAGAGAGGAGAUGGUGGGAUAGAUUGGAAAUGGGUAGCUAUUGGAGCAACAGUUGCUGUAGUCUGCGGCCUUCGAACCGGCAUGAUAGGAAAAGCAGUGUUACUUGGAGCAGGGCAAAGGAUUGCUCGGAGAGGCAGAAAUGCGUAGUGGGGAGUGGUAGCCAGCACCUAUUUGUAGCAAUACGACCUUAUUAUUAUUGUAUUAUUCUUUAUUGUUUUACACUAAAGCCUUUCGUGCACAGAACCAGGCAUUAUGAAAUCAUUUUCAACUCUUGGCAUAAAUAUUUUAUUUUAUGUCAAAUAUUUUGCCCUGCAACCUAAAGUAUCUUUGAUUCUUAUGGUUAUGGGUCGGUCGCUUACCCUAGUGUUCUCCACUUA